GAUGACUCACUGCGGGUUUACUCCGGCUCUUCCCACGCACCCUGAGUCUGUGUUUAGUGUUUGUGAUCUGCCUUAAUAACGUACUAUAACGGGGCAGGUUUUGUGAGAAUCUCAGGAGUGAGAAUCGGGAGUGACACCCGGGAAGCAGCCGGGGUCCUGCUGCCAUUGUGGGGGUGAGCGGGGUCCCCGGGGAGGUUUGCAGGAUGUUGGGGGGGUGAUGUGGGACCAGCCAAGCUCCGGGCUGUCCCCAGCCACCCCUGGGGGACCCACACCCCCCGGUACUGACAGCUGGCAUCGCUACCCGUGUUUCUCCAUCUCCUUCCAGACGCGCUGAUGUCUGCCCCUCGCAGAGCCCCGGCCCACCCGCGGCUGGCCGAUGCGCAGGCCUUGGUGUGAAACCCCAAUAAGAGAAUGAGUGAGAGAGACAUACAAAGCCUGAGCAAAUGGGUUUUCGUGCUCACUCUCUGCCUUACCACGCUGUGGGGAAGACUGACGCUGGCCUCCACCCAUCACAGAAGCCAUUCAGUGCACGUCGAGCCCGGCACGUGCGAGGUCAUUGCAGCUCACAGGUGCUGCAAUAAGAACAAGAUCGAGGAGCGCUCCCAGACGGUGAAAUGCUCCUGCUUCCCGGGGCAGGUGGCGGGGACGACGCGGGCAGCUCCCUCCUGCGUGGAUGCCUCCAUCGUGCUGCAGAAGUGGUGGUGCCAGAUGGAGCCCUGCCUCGCCGGGGAGGAGUGCAAGGUGCUGCCCGACCUCUCGGGCUGGAGCUGCAGCAGCGGCAACAAAGUGAAGACAACCAAGGUCACACGGUAGCCCCCCUCUGGCUCGGUGGCGACUGACUGGCCUCACCGUGGGCCCCAGAGCUCUGUGGGGCUGGGAGCAGCGGGACGUGGCAUGGCCAUGCUGUGCCUGCACAGGAGGGAUGCUCCAGGGCUGCCGUCCCGCAUCCCGUGACUGCUGGUGGGACCCUGCCAGGUACCAGAUCGGAGCAUCCGCUGAGCCCCCGCUUCCCCGAGGCUGCAAGAAUGGGGCCCCGGCACUGCUGUGAGACUCCUGUCACUC